UGGUUAUUUUGCACAAUUCACAGAGAGAGAGAGCGCUGCGAAGCUGUGACGACGUGGAGAAACUUCGCUCUGUGUAAGUGAAACAAUGAGGUGUGAAACAGCAUCCCUGUUGGUGUUCGCGCUUGCAUCAGUUGUUGCUGUUAACUCGCCAUGUCCACCAGGUUUUGUACUAUAUAAGAAGUCCUGCUACUGGUUCUCCUCGACAAUGGCAAACUUUCCUGAAGCAAGGUCCUUCUGUCAGUACCUUGGAAGCCACCUCGCCAAAGUGACCAGCAAGGAUGAAGAUGACUUUGUCAGAGGUUAUGCAUCCAGCCAUGGAAGAGCUGCUAACUAUUAUCUUGGAGCUACUGAUCUGAACACAGAAGGAACUUGGCUCUGGGAGGGUCAGCAGCCCAUGAUCUACAGCCACUGGAGUCCUGGUCAACCCGAUAACGGUGGUGGUCUGGAACACUGUCUGGAUAUCAAACGGCGCUAUGAAAACUAUCUGUGGAAUGAUGAGAACUGUACUAUGUACAAUGCAAACUUUAUUUGUGAAAAGGAAUUGUAAACGUCACUCUCUGUGUCCAAUAAAGUAGCAAUGUUGAAAAUUA